AUGAACUCAAAGAGGAGCUGGAAUUAUCCUAGCCAUUUCAGCAACUCAGUAAGCAUUACUAACAAUAGUCCUCAACCUUUCAGCAUUCGUCAUCCUGAAAUUUUUUCUGGAGGCCCUCUCUCCAGUGAGGUAACCCCUCCUUUGGAUUUCUCCAAGAGACUCUACUCAAAUGAAAAUAGCUGGGUGAAUAUAAGCAGGUUCUAUGAGAACAAUACGAGCGCUAUGCCUCCAAAAUGUUCAUCUAGUAGUGGUCAUGCUGAAAUCCAAAAUUCUAAACCUUUAUCCUUCAUAGCACCUGCUCCCUCUGGUAGCAUGAUACCAAUUAGUGUUCCUUUGGAUCCUCCAUUCUGUUUGGUCUCAAAUGGAGUUUGUCAGUUUAAUACUGAUCAAUUUCGAUCUUUUAGGGAUGGUAUGCCAUCUUUUUCUGCAAAUGCCAUGCCAUACUUUCAGGAUCACAACUGUGGUAUGAUUCCAUAUCCUGUGAAUGCUGUAACUGGUCUUCAUCCAGAUCUCAGCUCAAAACAGUCACUUUGCUUCAAGGAACCUAUUACUAUUGGUUCCUUGCCUCCAGAUCCCAGUGAAUCUUCAGGCCAAGGUGAAAUUGGUCGGUAUAAGACACAAACUGUCUCAACCUCUAAAGGUUGCAAGAAGCACUGCAUAGGUGGAGCCGGAGGAAGUGCUGCUGAGAUAAUGAAUCCUUCAAAAAGGCCUAAGAAAAACUCCGAGUUGUUGAUGGAAACAGAUAAGCCUCCACAUCCCAGUCAAUCUUCAGACCAAGGUGAAAUUGGUCAGUACGAGACACAAAUUCUCUUAACCUCUAAAGGAGGUAAGAGGCACUGCUUAGGUGAAGCUGGAGGAAGUGCUGAAAUGAUGAAUUGUCAAUGGAAAAGGCCUAAGAUCAACUCCGAGUUGUCAAUGGAAACCGAUAAGCCUCCCAAGAGAGAGCUUCUUCUUUUUAAAGAUUUGGAGAACUGCUUUUCCAGGGCAGGAAUAUCUUCUAAUGCGGGAGAAGAGGAAGGCCAAAUGGAUCUCGAUCUCUCUCUACAUCUGUAG